AUGGCGGAUGCACUUUGCGGACCGUCAAAUGCUCUGCAGAACUUCCAGAAGCAUACCUCCGUUGACCGGACCCUGCAACAAGACCGCCUGGUCGGUCGUCAUUCUCCAGCGCAGGGCUUCAGGUCAGCGCCGGGCCCACAUGCCGGCGCAUUAGAUUCAGAGUUCGAUGCCUUUCAGCAAGGACGUGCAGGUCUACCGCAGUCUGACUUCCAGCAAUUCCCUCCACAGUUCGCAUCGCCUCCCCCACAAUUCGCCCAUGCUUCACAAGCGCCUGACUGGGCCUCGGACUUCCAGCGACUAAACAUCACGAACCAGCCCGCAUAUACCUUCCAGCAACAACGCCCUCAGGUAGCGAAUGCAGCAUCAGCAUGGCAUCAGGACUUUAUGGGGCAGCAAGCCCAGUCUAUGCCACCUCUGGCGCAACAGCAGAACAACUUUGCAGGUGUGUCGAACUACGGCAUGAGCGGCUUUGGAGGCCCUUCCUACAUGCAGACACCGAGCUUCCAGCCUAGCGCACAAAUGUCACAGGUAGCGCAAGGAAAGCAGGCGACGCAGGAACCAGCACCAGCAUUCGACGAGGCAGCCUUUGAGCAAGCAUUUGCGCAGGCACAACAAGACGCGUUCGAUGAGGCAGAGGCAGAGCAGAAGCGGGCGCAGUCUCGAGCAAUGAACCCCGAGGUGAUGGGCAUGGACCGGCCAAGUGAGGAUCCUCUUCUUAUACGGAUACGGGAAACACGGCCAGCUGUAUACUCGGCAAUCCAGGUUUGGAGCGAGAUGGGCCUCGGCCGCACCGAAGAAGCCGUGUCAUACCUAGACAAUAUGGGCAUACUAGAGAGGAGUGGCGACCUUGUACAAGACGCCAACGAAGCGAAGUGGAUCGUAGACUCCCUGCAACGGAUAGUGAACCGUGGAGCGCCGCAAGAAGUAAGGACACGCGCGGAAGGCUUGAUUGCUACCAUCAAUCAAAGAAUCAUGUCACAGUACCCGCUGGGUGCGCAAGUACCUAUGAGCGAAGAGCGGAUAUGGCAGGACCUAGAUGAGGCUGGGUACAUGAAGACUCCGCAGAACGAGCAGGUGGAGCAAGAGCCCAAGCAGAAGGAGGAGCAGCCGAAGAUGAACGAUGACGACGAGAUGGCGGCAACCGCUGGACGCCUGCUGGAGAGGGUUGCGGACAAUACCAGCGAGAAAUUCCAGAAUUCCCAAUUCCUUGAACUUAUGCGGCGACUCCGCGAUCGAGAAGUUCGAGUCGAAGGGGACAAGAUGGUUGAAACCAACGGACAGGUUUCCGAUGUACCUCAAGGCGUGCAACAGCCAUCAUCGACUCGAUCUGGCCUCGAACCUGUAAACACAGCAACACCAAUCCCUGAGGUCGAUCCCAACAUCCUCGACCACGCAGCCACUGACUUCGAGCUGCCGACCUACUAUGAGACGUACGAGACAUCUCCUGAGAAAUCUCCCAUCACGGGCGAGUCGUUGAUGGCUGACGAGAUCUCUGAUCAGUUCCGGAACUACAACGUCAAUUCAACCUACCACGGAUGA